GUGGCUGGUUUGGGGCCGGGGUUGCAGAGCUAGCUAGAGCGCGAUACACGACACGAUGGCAUCUCCACCACUGUUGGACGUUGUGUGCAUAGGUUUGAGUCGGGCGCAGGCCAGAGAAGAGUACAGGGCUCAGGAUUACCAGGUUUGUUUGCUGGAGGGGAACCGUCUACCAAGAGGAGAGGUGCAGGUGGGAGAAGAACCAGAGAGAGCUGCUUUGCGCAUCGUCAGUGAGCGUACAGGACUGCGAGGAUGUUUAGCAGUGGGCCUUGCCGUCCAUUACACAAGGAACAUUGCUGUCUUGUAUGCUGUCCCAAUCGCAUACUCCGGUUGGCUUUUAUUGCUCCAUCUAUUUUCUGGUCUAGUUCUACUAACUGCAGGUAUGCUCAGUUCUUCGGGCCAAUUCUGCAGCCUCUCAUCUGUAAUGGCAGACCCCAACACAAACGAGGAAGACAGGAACAUGCUAUCUUCAGUUGACGAGUGGCUCCAGGAGAGACAUGCUCUGCCUUACCUAGACCCAUCUCUAUAUUUCCUGGGAGGAGAAGGGGAAGAGGGUGGGGUGGGGGGAGUGGUGAGAGCAGUCAUUGAGAACCCAGUCUUCCUCUGCCCCACAGCUCCUCCUGAGGACCAGCUAGUCAUCUCCCUCAACAACCCAACUUUCUCUACUACUCACAGCACUAUUGACUUUCAUGCCACACAGGCUUAAACAUUUUCGAUGAUCUGCAUAAGUACAUAUGACUCUAGCUAUGUUCUGUCUUAUGACAUUCUGUGUUGCUAGGUGGAGUAGAAUCCACCAUCAUGUUUGCGAGAGUAACCUCUGUUAGUGGCCUCGGAAUGGUGGCUCUCAAUGGCCAGACCUUUACAGGAGUGAAUGGUGGUCUUCCUGGACGGAGACUGGUCCACCAGCGGCAGAUCUUCCAGAGUCACAGGGUUACAGGGAGAAGGUCUGUUCUUCAGCACCCUCCCAUGCUCCUGUCCAAUCGUCUCCGGCUGCAUUAGCGUGUCUGCCUUGGACCGCAUGAACUCGUCGCUAUGGUUGUACUGGCACUUCAGAACGAAGUCCAGACUGUCUCUCGGGGCCUGAGGGUCGUGAAUAGCCACCUCCUGUCUGGCGCUGGACAGUGUUUUUGUAGCGUUGAGUCGAGUCCAUUGGUCAUCGCUGCUAGUGGAGGAAAAUGUGGGCACUGCAUCUCCAGAUCUCUCCUUGGACCUACGACCCACGAAGUUGGCGUCGUUCUCCAGCCGGGGAAACGGGUAGGGAUCGCGUCCCGACAUUAUUGCGCGAGGUAGCUCGGUUUCUAUGGCAAUAGCUGCUUACUCCAAAUAGUGCCCACCAACAACGAAAGGAUGGCGUCGGGUGUGGGAACGCUCUAUGAUCGGCUUCUCCACGACUUGGAACACAGCAGCAAGGUUAAGCAGGAAGUUGUGACGGGAAGAAGGAUUGGAUUCUACCGACUGAAGAGUCAAUUGGGUGCAGGAAACUUCGCACAAGUCAAACUUGGCUUGCAUCUUCUGACCAAUGAGAAGGUAGCAGUGAAGAUUAUCGACAAGACAAGGCUGGAUGAUGUAGCCACCCAGCUUCUCUCACGAGAGAUCAGCUGCAUGGAGAAGCUGUGCCACCAGAACCUCAUCAAACUGUUUGAAGUCCACGAGUCUUUUACCCGCCUGUGUCUUGUGAUGGAGUGUGCAGCUGAGGGUAACCUGCAGUCUCGUGUGGAAGACAAUGGGCCCUUCCCUGAGCCUCAAGCUAAGGCUGUCUUCUCCCAGAUAGCAGCUGGAGUUGCACACAUGCAUGCCAGUGGAGUCACUCACAGAGAUCUCAAACCAGAAAACGUCUUCUACGUGUCCAGCACACAAGUUAAGAUUGGCGAUUUUGGCUUCAGUACGGCAGUGACAGACGAAGCUCUCUCCACGUUCUGUGGGUCUCCAGUGUUUGCAGCUCCGGAACUGCUGCAGGAGCAGAGUUACAUGGGACCUCCGGUGGACAUGUGGGCCCUGGGAGCCACUCUCUACUACAUGGUGACUGGGAACGUCCCUUUUCCUGGGAGCAGUGUGCUGCAGGUGAAGGAGAAGGUCCUGAGUGGCAGCUACAUCACUCCGUCUAGAGUUGGGCCUCUCUGCCAACAGCUUGUGGCCAAACUGCUAAGAAUGGAGCCGAGUGGGAGACCCAGCAUAUCAGCCACUCUCCAAGAUCCCUGGUUGGAAGGAGUGACUCAGAGGGUCACCGAGACCCCAGUGGUGGGAGAUAAAGCUGAUUCGGAGGUGGUGGAGCAGAUGAUGAGUCUUGGGGUGCCAGUCGGGGGUGACUUCUCCGGCCUCCUCACGGAGCCUCGCAGUCCCACUGCCGGGACCUACCGCAUUCUCCUCCAUCAGAAACUGCAGCAGAGUUCUGAACCACCCCCUCUUCCCCCCAUCCCUCCUUCCCCACCCCAGACCACCGGCACUCGCAGGAAGAGCAGCGUCUGUAUCAUUCUCUGAAUCAGUCACUUCACAGAUCAAUAUAUUUAUAUAUUAUAAUCCACAAACAGAUAAAUAAUACACAAAAGUACAUAAGAAAACAUGCAGUCACUUAAAACAGACAUAUUAUGCAGGCUAUACACACUCUACAAUAAGGCCUACAUAAGGACAUAAAUACACACAUUCUAUAUAGAGCCCCCCCAUGAGGAGGUGGUGGUACAGCAUUAGCAGGUCGAGGAAGCAG